AUUCUUUUGUACAUGCAUUGUCUAAUAAAUGUAUCACGAUGCAGUGAUUUGCUAAAACCAUUAGUUCGUAGAAGCCAUCAAAAUUAUGUUUCUGUUUGUUUCAGGCUUCUGGAUCGAGUUCUCGAAGCCGAUGGAAGGGAAGAUAUGACAACCUUAUAUGAAUCGUAUCGCCUUGAAACUAUAGACAAAGGGUGCGAGUGUGAAAUGGAUAGAAGAGCCUUUGUCGACAUUUUCCUAAAACUAUUUCAGAAUGCUGUUAGAAAGAAAGUUCGGCAAGGUCAGUCUGUAAAAAAUGUGUAUGAAGGUAUCAGACUUAAACCACUAGAUCCUCUACUACCUUCUAUCGGCACGCACUCGUUUGAACAGUUGGAAGGCAUAUUACCGCCUGAUUUUUUAGUAAAAGAACGCAGUAAAGAGCGUCUUAUAUGCAACGUGGACACACCCUUUAAAUCAAAUGGCAAUACUGUACAGAAGAACGUCACUUUUCAAAAGAAUUUGAUAUUUUCAGUUAGUGUCGGACAACAAACAGUAGAUCUUAAACAGUUAGGUAUUUCUAAUAGAUUCCUGCUCGACCAAGAUAGUAUAAAACUUGUGUGUAAAAUCAUAAGAAAAAUUGAACUUUGUCAAGGGAUCGAAAUGAAAAAGGCCAUCACAUGUACUCGUUUCCACACGCUUGAUACUUGGAAAAAUGAAAAUGUUAAUGAAACGACAAAACGUAUUAGGUCAGUUCUAUGCUUAAGGGUGGUAACAUUUACAUCCAAAACGAACGUGUGUAGGAUAUGCCAGCAUAUGACCAUGGAAGUAAAAACACCAGGGAAAGAAAACAUACAGAUAAGUGAGUUUUCAGGAAAAAACAUUACAAAAGAGCAGGUGAAAAUAUUAAUACCCGGGGCUCCUGAAGAAAUGGUUGAAUUUUUAAUCAGCCAGGCGAAGAAUGUAUGUACGACCCCAAACGGCAGGCGGUGGAGCAAACCUAUUAUGUCCAAAUGUCUCCAGUUAUAUGCCAAGAGCCCUCAUUUUUACAAGCAAUUGAGAGAUUCUAAGCUGGUUGUUCUACCUUCACCUGGUGUUAUUGUUUUGUACAAGAAUAGGGUAAAACAUGAAAUUGGGUUUCAAGACGAUAUUUUCAGAUGGAUGCAUUGUGAAGCUAGACGUCUUGAACUACCCGAAGAAAGUUGGGAUGGUGGAAUUCUUGUAGACGAAAUGGCGAUACAAGAAGACAUUCAAAUCAAUAAACAUGGGGACAUCAUUGAACUUACAGGCUUUGAAAAUGUUGGCAAGGAAGCUAUGACAUGUGGAAUUCUUAGAAAAGGAAAAAAGGAAAUUUCUCUUGGAAAUCACGUGCUUCAAUUUAUUUUUCUUGGGAACAGCGGUUUCCGUUUUCCUUUUGCCCAUUUCAUCUCUACUAAUGUUCAAGCUUAUGAACUGGACACACUGUUCUGGGAAGCUGUACAUCUUCUAAAAAUGUAUGGUUUUAAUGUUUCAUAUGUAUGCAUGGAUGGUGCCCAGAGUAAUCGCACGUUCAUGCAUAUUAAUAUUGGGAAAAACGCCACGUCUAUGAUUGCACAAAAUCCUUGUGAGCCUGAAAAUCCAGUGAUAUUCUUAAUGGACUCUUCACAUGUUUUUAAGAAAAUUAGGAACAACGUUAUUAAGAGCGGAAUCAUAAAAGGGUGUACACGACACCUUCAACUCCCGAACGGUGAUAUUAUUAAUUGGGCAAUGUGGGCAGAUGCCUAUACUUGGGAUAAGGCAAACGCGCUUCAGUUGCACAGGAAACUUACUAAUGAACAUAUAUACCCAUCAUCACAAUCGAAAAUGCGAAACCAUCUGGCUGAACAGGCUUUAAAUUCUGAUAUGCUACAUCUAAUGCUACAAUACCAAUUGUCUCUGGGAAGUAAAGGUAGUAUAUUAAAUGGUGCAAUUGAAUUUCUAAAGAAAACAUCCAUACUGGUAAACAUUAUUCCAGCUCUUAUCAACUCGGACGCUGUCGAGAAUCAUUUCUGCCAGGAACGUAGUACAUACAAUGGGGCCAACACCAAUCCAAAUGCCCUUCAAUACAGAAACAACCUUAAUUCUAUAAUUCUCGGGCAAAAUAGUGUCUCCCAUAAAUCAAACACUGGGAAAUCUCUAAAGUCACCUGCACUGACAUACGGUAAAUGCAAAACUGUAAAAAGAAAGAAAAGCGAUACUAACGGCAGCAAAUGUCCAAAACCUAUAAAGGUUAUAAGAAUGUAAUGUUGUAUAACUAUAUGGCAAAAAUGUAAGAAUAACUCUUGGUUGUUAUGCAAAUUUGAGACAUACCUUUUGUGAUGCCGGCAACAGCUUAGGUCACAGUCCAGUGCCCGAGAUGUCUGUGCAAUAAAUGCAUGUAUUUCUUCUGGAUGUGAUAAGCAUACACUAGGGUGGAAGUUAACAAUUCUUAAACCGUCCGGUGUUCUUACUCUUCCCAUAGCCACGCCAAGUUGACCAGGUUUGAAGAUCUGUUGACAAUCGACUGUUACCCUGUAUAUAUGUAACACAUAUGAUCUUAAAAUUAAUAGAUUUGAUGUAGGAAGUCAACUGUGGUAAUAUAAUGACUUAAAUAAUGAAAUCAGAUAUUUCAAAAAAACAGCAGACAGUUUAUCAAUUUUAACUAUGUUCUUGUAGUUAAUUGUCAAUAUAUUUACAUAUUUCUUUACAUUUUCAAUAAAAUAUUGUUUA